AUGCCUGACGAGAUCAAGAUGCAAGUUUGCGGCCAGUUGUCAACGAACUACCACUUAGAGGACCUCAACGAGGAGACCUUGGCGUACGUCAACAGACUCUUCGGUGAGAGGUACAAGCAGUGGAAGAGCGACUUGCACCACCAUUUUCAGGCGUUUGAUGAUCCGCAAGUCGCUCUUCAGGAGGGUUGCCCGAAGGAGCUUGAGGGGCGGGAGGAUAGUUGGGCGUGGCUUUGCGCUCAUUUUCGGGCACCCGAUUAUGUGAAUAAAGCCCAAGUGAAUAAGGGCAAUAGGAAGAAGAAGACUCUUCUCCACCAUUCCGGCUCCAGGCCCUUCUCAUAUAGGAUGGAUGCACGACGUCGGGGGGGUCGAAAUUCCCAGAGAUGUGUCUUUGGUGACGUUUAUGUUCAACCUGGGAAUGAGUUGGCCGAGUCCCUUCAUACGACGAUAGUGGAGAGGAGCCAGUUGGUUCUUCAAGAGUCCGCCUCCCAACUUCCUCCCGAGACUCCGAUCAAGUCUGUGGAUCCUCCGCAUGAUGCUGGAUUUCAGAUUUUGACGCAAACGUUGAAUCAGACUCUCGGGAGGAGGCCGGGAAUGUAUUUAGUGCGUCGACCUCCGAGCCCAUCCACCCCGAGCAUCCCCAGCACACCACGGCCCCUGCAGACGCCCAUACCUCCGAGCCGCAUGUGGCAGAUAACCAAGUAG